AUGUCACCACAAACAAAAAAUAACACAGAAUACAAACUUCAACGAAUUCUUGAUUAUAAUCAAAAUCUUCGACAACAAUUAGAUUUACCUCGCGUAAAGGUGUCACAUGCUAGCUCACUGCUCAUAGAAUAUGUCCAAUCCACCAAGGAUUACUUGGUACCAUCAGUAUGGGGUCCAGCCGGACCCGCUGACCCAUUUGUGACGAAAAAUAGAGUUUUUUGUGGAAGUUGUAUUAUUUCAUAA